AUGAAAGGUCAUAUGUCUUCAUUGGUCAUGCCUAACCAAUGUAGCUUUGUAAAAGGGAGGCUUAGUGCUGACAUCAUCAUAAUAGCUCAAGAGAUGAUACAUUCUAUGAGGAGCAAGAAAGGAAAGAAAGGUUGGAUGAUUCCUUUGUGGGCUAGAGUUCUUAAGAGCAAGUGCAAAAUGGAGGACAAGAUUAUCCUGAAACUAUUGCCCUCACUUCUCCUUCCAUCUCCAUUUUGUGUGUACCUGCAACUACCUCUCAUGGACACAUUCAGUUGCAUACUGUUCUUUCUUUUCACCUACAUCUUUGUUCAAGUGCUUCAUUCCCUAUUUAGCAACAAAUCAAAUCACAAGCUUCCACCAGGACCAGUUGGUGUUCCCAUCUUUGGAAACCUCCUUCAACUAGGAAAAAAGCCCCACCAAACAUUGACAUGUCUUGCCAACAUUCAUGGUCCAAUCAUGAGUUUGAAGCUAGGCCAAGUUACCACAAUAGUCAUGUCUUCAUCUGAUAUGGCCAAACAAGUGCUCCAAACCCAUGAUCAGUUCUUGGCAAACAGAAAGGUUCCUGAUGCAAUGAGAGGUGCUAACCAUGACAAAUACAGCUUACCCUUCUUGCCAAUUUCACAUCAAUGGAGAGUCCUUAGGAAAAGUUGCAAUGGUCUGUUAUUCUCCAACAAGAAUCUAGAUGCUACUGAAGAACUUAGGCGUGAGAAGAUUCAAGAACUUUUCAAUGACAUUCACCAACACAGCUUAGUUGGUGAAGCUGUAGAUAUUGGAAGGUUAGCUUUCAAAACCACAAUUAAUUUGUUGUCAAACACAAUUUACUCGAUGGAUUUUGUUCACUCUGCGAGUAAAGCUGGUGAGUUCAAGGAGUUAGUGGGGAAUAUCUUGAAAGAGAUUGGAAGACCAAACUUGGCUGAUUGUUUUCCUGUGUUGAAGAUGGUUGAUCCUCAUGGCAUCAGGAGGCGCACUAGUAAUUGCUUUGUGAAGUUGUUGACCAUCUUCAAGCACUUGAUUAACCAUAGAUUGAAGAUAAGGAAAGACACUGGUUACUGCACCAAAAAUGACAUGUUAGAUGCCAUGCUUGACAAUGCUGAAGAGAAUAGUCGUGACAUGUACACAACUAAGAUGGAACGUUUAUCAUUGGACUUGUUUGUGGCAGGAACCGACACAAUUACAUCUACUGUAGAAUGGGCAAUGGCUGAGUUACUUCGCAACCCAAAUAUUAUGUCAAAAGCAAAAGAAGAACUAGAGCAAACAAUUGGCAAAGGUAACCUAGUUGGAGAAUCAGACAUUACUAGACUCCCUUACUUGCAAGCAAUAGUAAAAGAGACUUUCAGGUUGCACCCAGCAGUUCCACUAUUGCUCCCUAGAAAAGCCGAAAUAGAUGUAGAGAUGCACAACUAUACAGUCCCAAAGGGUGCACAAGUGCUAGUUAAUGUGUGGGCUAUUGGCAGGGACCCAAAUUUGUGGGAAAAUCCAAAUUUAUUUUCACCAGAGAGGUUCUUGGGGUCAGAAAUUGACUUCAAAGGACGAAGUUUUGAGCUGACACCAUUUGGUGCUGGAAGGAGAAUAUGUCCUGGCUUGCCAUUGGCAAUGAGGAUGUUGUUCUUGAUCUUGGGUUUGCUUAUCAACUCCUUUGAUUGGAAGCUUGAAGGUGGAAUUAAACCACAGGAUAUGGAUAUGGAUGAAAAAUUUGGACUUACCUUAGAAAAGGCUCAACCUGUGCUAGCUAUUCCAAUCAAAGUUACUAGUUAUUAAUUAAUGCUGCAAAGUAAUCUUGUAUUUUAUUUUCUUUUAUAUGGUCCAGUGUAGUAUAUGAUAUGUAUAUCCCCUGCUAUGUAUUGAGACAGUCAAUGGCAUC